GACUCGCUCAAGUUGCUGGCUUGCACUGUGCGUGCUACGCCUACAGCCUAGUAUAGCACAGUGCGUAAACGGUCAAGGUUUCUGACUCCGACUACAACGACUAGACAGAUUUACAAGACCCUCAUCGCAUCUUCCUUCUCAGCACCGCGCGAGGCAGACCCUGCCACACGGAUCCUACGCUAUUCCACAUGACUAGAAUUGUCUGAAAGCGCGUCCACUACAGACAUUCUUUGAGAUCUAGUCUAUGUCGUCGCAGGAGAAACUGGCGUCUCGGACCCAACGCUCGAUCUGCACACCUCACCAUCGCCACCAUGGUGAAAAAGAGCGGCAAGUCAAAGGCUGAGCCUCCUGCUCCCGCAUCAGCAGCAGCACCCGCCAAGGAUGGCAAGAAAGGGAAGAAGGCCCCCGCUCAGGAGGAACAGCUGCCGCCACCGGGUCCCCCCAAACCAACCGUCAAGCAGAUCAUUGGCGGUUCGUCAUGGACCGGCAAACUUCCUGUCAAUCUCUUCUCCGAGUACUGCCAGAAGCAAAAAUGGGACAAGCCCGUGUUCGACACGAGGAAGACCCCCGAGGGGUUCUCCGUGAUGAUCACACUCAGCGCCAAGGAUCCCAAAACGCAGGAGACCACGAGGUUAGAGCCCUUCAAGAUCCCGGCGAGCCACAAGCAUCUCAUUAUGCGGGACACGGCGCUGGAGGCGAAGCAUGCUGCGGCGACAUAUGCCCUGUUUCGGGUUUGCAGCAUGCAAAACAAGCACACUGUGCUGCCGCCAGAUUACAAGUCUCUAUGGAAAGACUUUCAGGCGCUGAAGGCGGCGGACGUGAAGGAGGGCAAGGCAUGGCAGUAUGAUGCCGAUCCGUUCAAGACGCAUCGUGAGCGAGAAGAAGCAAAGCAGGCUGCGGAGAAGAGAAGAAAGGAGAUGGAGCAGGCGAAACAAAAGGCCAAGGACAUGCCUGGUGCCUCUGGUCUAGCGCUUCUCCAGAAGGACGGGGGUCGCGCGAACAUGAUGAAGGGUUGGACGACAGCGCCAAAGGUCGAAAUGGGACGCUUGACCAGGAUACAGUUGGAGUCUAUCCUACGGAAAGGCAUUUCGUGGAAUCCUCACGGGGUGGUGAUGACCAAAGACCAGAGAAAUUCCGUGGUGACUGAACUGGUAAAACUGGGAUUCCGACAGAGCCACGCCAGUGAGGCGGUGGAGUAUUGCAAGGAUCGAGAAGAGACCUUGGAGUGGCUGCUCAUUCACGUUCCCGAAGACGACCUUCCGCGAUGGGCGCUCCCCGAAAGCUACGCAGUCGGUGUCUCCAUAGGCACCACGGAUCUGAAGCGGGAGGGCAUCAUCAAGAGACUUGCGCAGACGGGGUACUCUUUGGAGCUCUGCACAAGAAUGGUAGACGAAAGGGGAGGCGACGAGGGCGCCGCAGCGCACGCUCUACAGGAACUCCUCCUGAACAGUGGCGCCGACGAAAAGCCCACAUCAGAAGGUGACGAUGACGCAGACUUCCUGGACAUGGGAUCUCCGGAAGAGCAGUGGUCUGAAGAAGUCGCCAGCUUAGAGGCCAUGUACGGCGAGGACUUUCGGCGGGAGAACGACAAGCUCAUUCAGAUCCGACUUCCGGACGUCAAGAAUGCUGGACAAGGCAAGGUCGAUGCCUUUCUGCAGGUUCGCAUGGCACCGCUGUACCCAAAGGAGCUCAUCCUUGCCAUCGUCGCCAAUCUGCCCAGCUACAUCAAGUUGAGUAUCAUCAAGAAGGCGUUGGCCUACAUGAAUGACCAACUCCGCGAUGAGCCCAUGAAGAUCUUCCUGGUGGUGGACUGGCUGCAACAGAAAAUCAACGGCAUCAUCGAGAAUCCCGGCAAACUGGUCGACAUCUCGGCUGUGUCCUCGGCCGCCUCCGAGGCACAACCUGCCGCGUCCUUGUCUCGAGGCAAGAGGGCGCAGAAAGCGCCGAGGCCGAUACAAUGGGUGCCGGAUCAGCAGAGCAAGGAGCGAUGGCGUCAACGGCAGCAGUUGCCGGCGGUUCGUGCCAUGCUAGACAAGAGGCGGAAGCUGCCUGCUUGGCAGGUCCAGGAAGAUAUUGUGCAGACAGUGGACGAGAACCAUGUCACAAUCAUCAGUGGAGAGACCGGGUCCGGAAAGUCGACGCAGUCGAUGCAAUUCCUCCUAGACGACCUCUAUGCCCGUGGACUCGGCCAGUGUGCGAACAUGAUCGUCACGCAGCCGCGACGUAUCUCUGCUCUGGGUCUUGCCGAUCGAGUUGCUGAAGAGCGAUGCGGUAAAGUCGGAGACGAGGUUGGCUAUACUAUUCGAGGAGAGUCGAAGCGAUCAAAGGACACAAAGAUCACAUUCGUCACUACCGGUGUUUUGCUGCGUCGUCUGCAGACUUCCGGUGGGAAUGUGCAAGAUGUCGUUGCGGCCUUGCAAGAUGUCUCCCACGUGGUCAUUGACGAGGUCCACGAGCGCAGCCUGGAUACCGAUUUCCUGCUCAACCUCCUGCGUGAGGUGAUGCGGUCGAGGAAGGACAUGAUCAAGUUGAUCCUCAUGUCUGCCACUCUCGAUGCCGCCACGUUCAAGAACUACUUCAGCUCUGAAGGUCUGAGAGUUGGCACCGUGGAGAUUUCUGGACGCACGUUCCCCGUCGAGGAUUUCUAUCUAGACGACAUUGUUCGCUAUACCGGCUUCACGGGCAGUUAUGGUGAGAAUGCCCCCUCUCUUACAGACGAGGGCAUGGGCAAAGUCAUCCAGCAGCUGGGCUCGAGGGUCAACUACAAUCUGAUUGUCGAGUCCGUCAAGUCCAUUGACGCCGAGCUCGACUACGAAGGCAAGGACGGCGGUAUUCUCAUCUUCUUACCCGGUGUCGGGGAGAUCACGUCCGCGUGUCGCGCCCUCCAAGGCAUCAACUCCCUGCACGUCCUUCCUUUGCAUGCAUCUCUUGAGACUCGGGAACAGAAACGCGUCUUUGCCAGCCCACCGCCAAACAAGCGCAAAGUUGUCGUGGCCACCAACGUUGCAGAGACGUCCAUCACGAUCGAUGACAUUGUCGCGGUCAUCGACAGUGGAAAGGUCAAGGAGACGUCUUUCGACCCGCAGAACAACAUGCGCAAGUUGGAGGAGACCUGGGCCUCGAGAGCAGCCUGCAAGCAACGCCGUGGACGUGCUGGUCGUGUCCAGGAGGGCAAGUGCUACAAGCUGUACACGCGGAAUCUUGAGGCACAGAUGGCGGAAAGGCCGGAGCCCGAGAUCAGGAGAGUGCCCCUAGAACAACUGUGUCUCUCUGUGCGCGCCAUGGGCAUGAGAGACGUGGCCAUGUUCCUGGGCCGAUCGCCUACACCGCCAGACGCGACUGCCAUUGAGGGUGCUCUGACGCUACUGAGACGCAUGGGCGCAUUGGAUGGGGACGAGUUGACAGCCAUGGGACAGCAGCUUGCCAUGUUGCCAGCAGAUCUACGCUGUGGAAAACUCAUGGUCUUUGGCGCCAUCUUCGGCUGUCUUGAUGACUGCGUCACCAUCGCCGCCAUCCUCAGCACUAGGAGUCCUUUCCUGUCCCCCCAAGAGCGGAGGGAACAAGCAAAGGAGGCGAGGAUGCAGUUCUACGAUGGACAUGGUGAUCUUCUCACCGAUCUCGAGGCCUUCCGAGAGUGGGACGCCAUGUAUCAAGAAGGCCUGCGCCAACGCGAAGUUCGGUCUUGGUGCGAUCAAAACUUCCUCGCGUACAAUACGUUGUCCGACAUAGCCAGCACGCGGUCGCAGUACUUCUCGGCUCUUGUCGAAAUCGGCAUCAUCUCGCACAACCGACAGGCUCCCACGGGUGACCGCAAUCCGCACCUGCUGCGGGCCCUCCUUGCCGCCGCUUUCACGCCGCAGGUGGCCAGGAUUCAGUAUCCGGACAAGAAGUUUGCCUCGUCUGUGUCGGGCGCUGUCGAGCUCGACCCGGAAGCGAAGAUGAUCAAGUACUUCAACCAAGAGAACGGGCGGGUGUUUGUGCACCCCGGCAGCACACUGUUUGGCAGCCAGUCGUUUAGUGGCCAUGCCAACUACAUGUCAUACUUUAGCAUCAUCUCCACCAGCAAGGUCUUCAUUCGAGAUCUCACGCCUUUCAAUGCGUACACGCUGCUCCUCUUCUGUGGCUCGAUCGAGCUGGAUACACUCGGACGUGGGUUGUUGGUUGACGGCUGGCUACGCCUUCGCGGAUGGGCGCGAAUCGGCGUGCUCGUCGCGAGAUUGAGGGGCCUGGUGGAUGACCUCAUUGCAGAAAAGGUCAGGAAUCCCGGUGUUGAGGUUGGUGACCGCGAGGUCAUCAAGCUGGUCACCAAAUUGAUACAGUUAGAUGGAUUGGAUUCAUGAUGAUGUUUGGGCACACAUAGAGGUAGAGAAAAGUACCAAGUCGUUGGGUGGACUUGGAUACCCUGCACACCCAGACUCACGGCUGCAUGCAAAGCUGCGACUGUCUGAAAUGUAAAGGAAUUACUAUGCAAUGAAUUAUCAGGG